AGUGUACUUCCGGUUUGUACCUUCUCCGGUGUAAAAAGUCUAAAACGACAUAAACUUGAGUAAAUUUGUUCCGGUAAGAAAACAAAAAUUUUGUUGUCUUUGGUUGUUUGUCUCAAGAAUUUAUCCAUGACAGGUCAACAUUGGUAUCUGGAAUCAUCCCAAAUAUUUUGAAAGUAACUCACAAUAGUUCAACAUGGCUCCGACAGUGCAGACCGGCCCACGGGAGGAGCGAGAGAGGAAAAACCGCAAUGUUGUGGAGAAGAGAUCUGAGCUGGUGUGUCGUGUCAAAUACAAUAACACACUGCCUGACAUUCCGUUUGAUCCCAAGUUCAUUACAUAUCCAUUCGAGUCAAACCGUUUCAUCCAGUACAAACCCACCUCACUGGAACGCACUUACAAGUACGACAUGCUCACAGAACAUGAUCUUGGGGUAACGAUUGAUCUAAUCAACCCAGAAACCUACAAGUUGAGCCCAAACAUUUACGCUGACUCUGAAGAUGAGAGACUUCUUGAGGAAGAGAUCAACACUCUACACGAUUCCCGUCGUUCCCGUCACCACAACACUUCAGUGUCAUGGUUGCGUAAGACUGAGUAUAUCUCAACAGAAUAUAAUCGAUUCAUACAGAAAUCUGACAAACAUGAAACAAAGGUCGGCUUCAAAUUGAAGCAGAUAAUGAAAGAGGAGGAUCUAUAUAAGGACCGCGAUAGCCAAAUUAAGGCCAUUGAAAAGACUUUUGAAAAUGCCAAAACUAACAUUGCUAAACAUUACAGCAAACCUGGUGUCACCCCAGUUGAGAUUUUACCUGUCUUUCCUGAUUUUGAUCUUUGGAAACACCCCUUUGCUCAGGUCAUCUUCGAUUCUGAUCCUGCUCCAAAGGCACGGACCCCAUCUGUUCAAGCUGAAGAGAUGUCUCAAGCUAUGAUCCGAGGUGCCGUUGACGAGAGUGGUGAGCAAUUUGUGGCGUAUUUCUUGCCAACAGAGGAGACCUGCAACAAAAGAAAGCAGGACCAAACUGACGACAUCUUGUAUCAGCCUGAUGAUUUCUAUGAUUAUACGCUGGCUCGCGAGUACAACUGGAAUGUCAAGAACAAGCUAUCGAAGGGCUAUGAGGAGACAUACUUCUUUAUCUUUCGUGACGAUGUCGUCUACUACAAUGAGUUGGAAACGCGCGUACGGCUGAGCAAAAGGCGUAAAACGGGGGCCGGUGCCGCUCAGGUGGCUAAGUCAAGGCUGAUUGUCAAACACCGCGACUUAUAUGACAAGGAAAUCACAGCACAGAAUGUCCGGCUGACCAUGCUGGAACCACAGCAAGAAGAAGAAGAGGAAGAGGAGGAGGACGAAGAGGAAGGGUCUGGCAAAGAGGAAGAGGAAGGGUCAGCAAAGGAGGAUGACGGUGAUAAGAAAUCGGUGGAGGGCAGCGACGGUGGCAACAGCAGUGACAACGAGAGUGUCAAGUCUGGUGGCAGCAGCAGCAGCGCCAGCAGCAAGAAAAGCAACCGCAGUGCCGCCAGCAGCCGCAGAAAGAGCAGCAGCAGUAGUAGCAGUAGUGAAGGUGAAGGUGGUGCUGGCAGUGGUGAUGAAAGAAGUGAAAAGGCUGGUCAGGAAGAGGAGGAAGAGGAAGCAAAAGGUGGCAGCGGAAGUGAAAAAGAAGCUGGCGACAGUGGGAGUGAGAGUGAGGCAGAAAGCGAGGCCCAAGCAAACGAGAACAAGAAGGACAAGGAAGCAAUUUUCGGUUCGAGCAGCGAGAGUGAAGCCGAAGAAGAGAUGGAGGAGGAGAACAAGGAAGACGAAGAACAGAUCUUUGGUUCUGCCAGUGAUGGAGAGAAUGAACCAGAUAACAAAAAGGAUGAGGAAGAAAUUUUUGGAGUUGCCAGUAGUUCUGAUGACAGUUCUUGAACACCAGAUUAACAGUUUGAAAAUUUCAUUUAAUUAAUUAAUUCUUUGGUGUGGGGAGUAAGAAGGGAAAGGGGGUUACUUAUUUUAAUUAAAAGUGAAAAAACUAAAAGCUCUUCUCAGUACUUGUGUGGUACUUAUUAUAUCAAGCUGUCAGGGUGGUGCUCCAGCAUGACCAUAGUCCAGUGACUGAAACAAGUAAAAGAAUUUGUGUGUGUUUGGAGAGAGAAUUGAGUGUUUUUAUUUGAAUAAAAGCUUAACUUUGAACUUAACAAAGAACUCAGUACAAGUCUUUAUAAUAAUUUUAUUGACAUUCAAUAGAAUUAUCUGACAUCGGUUACAUAUUUAGAUAUUUAUGUGCGUGUUCAUCUAUGUAUACAGAUACACACAUAAAUGUAUGU